AAUUGUUCAGUCUUAAGCGGAAUGUUGGCCAAGCUGUUGCCGUUGCCGUUGCCGUUGCCGUUGCUGUUGCUACUAAGCUGUGUGGCAUGCCACACGCAAUCCUUGCAGUUGAUCAACUGCAAUGCAACACAGUUGCAUGCCCUGAAAGAUGUGACAACGCUGAGCAGCUUACGUCUGUACAACUGCAGCUGGGAGCAGCAGAAGCUGAAGAAUGCAAUUUUCUUGCGCUUCAAUCAACUGCUUAGCCUGAAAUUGGAGCGCAGCCAACUGAAUUCCUUGGAGGACUAUGCACUGCAUGGCUUGGCACGCUUACAGCACCUCUCGUUGGCCAAGAACAAUUUGAGCGUGAUUAAGUCCUGGUCCGAGGAACCGUUGGCCGCCCUCACCUCCCUCGACAUCAGUUUCAAUGCCCUAAGUCGACUGCCUGCCAACGGCCUCGAGCAAUAUCCCAAUUUGCAGCUGUUGGAUUUGAGUCAUAAUCGUAUCGAGCAUCUGGAACCGGACUGCUUUCACAAUCUAUCACAUCUGAAGCACUUGCAUUUACAAUAUAAUCAAUUACAACUAAUUGCCGUCACCUACUUUCAUGGCCUUCAUCGGCUCUCAAGCUUAAGCCUUCAGCACAAUCGGCUUAAACAAGUGGAAGCUACAUCCUUUGAGAGCAACACGCAUUUGCGUUCGUUGCGCUUGGAACAUAAUCUUUUAGAGAAUUUGCAAUUCCUAAAGGAUGCUGGUCUGGCGCGUUUGAUACAUCUCAAUUUAUCGAGGAAUUCGCUAGAGCAGCUACCGCCUUCGGUAUUCUCCAAAAACUUUGAACUACAAGAUUUGGACUUGAGCUAUAAUAAGCUAAAAGAACUGCUAAACAAUAGCUUCAUAGGACUGGAGUCUUUGGAGCGCAUCAAUGUCAGUCAUAAUCAUUUGGAGCACAUCGCCGCGGAUGCUCUACGCCCUCUGAGCACCCUACUACAGCUCGACUUGAGCUACAAUCUCCUCAACUCUCUACCCGAGGAUCUGCUGCAUGGCAACAAUCAGCUGAAGGAGGUUGAUCUGUCAAGCAAUCAACUGAAUCAUUUACAUCCUGCGCUGCUCCACCAAUUGACGCACUUGACUCGAUUGAAUUUGGCUAGAAAUCACCUGGAGGAGGUCAGUUGGCUGCAACAAUUGGCGCCUGGUCUAAAUCGUUUGGCUUUGCGUGUGGAUCUCAGCUCGAAUCGGCUGCAGUCGCUCAAUUUGAGCAGCCUGAUCUUCUUCGAGCAAGUGCAGCUGUCGGACAAUCGCUGGAACUGCGCCUGGCUAGUCAAGCAUAUGCUAAGAACGCCUCCCACAGUCCUGAACUUUGCGCGCUCUUGGCCAAUGCUGAGCACCUGGAGCGUUCAGCAAUUGUUGAGCAUAAAAGGCAUCGAUUGCUUCGAUGGCCAACACAAUCGCUCCAUUGUGCUGCUCGAUGUGAGUGCAUCCAGACAACAGGCGGAACCUGAUUGCGACUGCCAAGAGUCUAGCAAUGAGCUAUAUACCUUGACGCCCCCUUUAACCUGGCCCAGGAUUCGCACAGAUCGCUUUGAUUCGCGCUCAGUGAUCAUCUGGAUGCUGGCAGCCAUUGCGUUAGCUUUUUCAGGACUGCGCUGGGGUCAACGUUUCAUGGAUCGCAAAGAGCGCGAGAGAAAGUUAAAAAAAAAUCAAGAUAAGCAGCAGCUGAUCAAGGUGGUUGCCUAAAAUCUUCGAUACGAU